GUUAAACGCACGUAUAUGUGGUAAGAAUUAUUUAUCAUAUAUAGAAAUGUAAACGAUCGUGCGUCUCUUCAUGGGAAUGACUUUAGAUUUUUAGAGUAACGAUAUUGAGCGAAACACCGUUGCCGCCAUGCGAGCGAUCACGUAUGCGCAAGCGUGCUCGCAUGAGGGCGCUGGUGCGCGCGAAAUUAUGAACAAGUGAUUUUGCUCUCUUAUACCAAUGUAUACACAGGCGCGAAUGGAGUCGCGGAUACUAUUCCAGGUAUUUUUUGCAAAUUUCAGUCGAGACGGCGUCAAUUAGAUUUUUUGCAAUAUAUCUACGUACCGAAGCAAAUUGUCGCAUGGAAGAUUUCGAUUACGUGAUAAGAAAACCGGAACAACAGAAAAUAUGUUUCGGUUCCGGAUGUCCACGCGAUACUUCCAAAAAGGGCAUGAGUUCUUUCAUGAGAUAUUAUAUUUCGGAAAAUUUUCCAGAUGUGGGACCUAGUUCCUACAAUAUCUUGGAAUCAUUUAAUGCAAUUAAAACUAAGCCAUGUUCUCAUAGCAUCAGUAAAAAAGGCUUUAGUGGCGUUGCUCAGUUUGCCAGGCUCAUCGCUCAUAUGGACGAUUAUCCAUCACCGUCCGAAUAUAAUAUUAUUUCUUUUCCUAAGCUUGUCAAGCCACAAAAACAUCCAUUUGCAUCUAGCGAAGAAAGAAAAACAUUCGACAUUAACAAAAAUAUAGGGCCUGGGAUGUAUGUUAGUAAGGAAAAAAAAGGUAUUACAUUUCAACAUAAUUUCGGUGGUAGAACAAAAAUGCAACUCGGAGUUGAUUUUAAGUGUUGCAACCUUAACAUGGAUACUUGCAAAAUGUGUAGUAAAAAACCAACUGGCGAUUACUGGCAUUUGAAUAAUAAAAUUUUCUUGUGCAAAACGUGCAUGACAAAGGAACUUCAAGAACCAAUAAAAUUUAAGAAAAAGGAACUCAAGUUAUUCCGUAAAAUAAGAGAUUGUUCGAGUAUUCAUAUUCAUGAAGGCACUGAUGCGAAGAUAUGGCUGACACAUCCUGCUGCGGUUAAACAGUGGAUAAGAAGAGAGACAUAUCUUUCAGUUUAUUUAAAAGACUAGGAGAAACAGAAGAUUAUCAUAUGUAACAGGUUUUUAAUUUUACAUUUGUUUCAUUAUUCGUUAUUAUUCAUCUGUGUGUACUGUUACUGUCGUGAGAAAAUUAUUACAUAUAUCUGAUUUAUUUUAUUCUCAACAAAUAUACAAUACAUUUUCGUAAACUAAUGUCCAUUUAGACCACACACACACACACACACACACACACACACACACACACACACACACACACACACACACACACACACA